AUGGAGAAGCACCUAAGGAUAUGGGCUUUAUUCCUUUUAGCCACUGGUGCUUCUGCUCAAAAUGCCUCAGUUUCUGUGUCGUGUGGCAGCUCACAUCUAGUGAUCUCUGUGCCAGUGGAUCUCUUUGGGUCCAGUGUGUUGGUUGGUGCCGAUGAGCUGCUUCUGGGAUCUAGCUGUGCUGUGACGACUGUACACUCAAACCUCCUCCUGCUAGAAUACCCUCUCUUUGCAUGUGGGGCCACCAGAAAACUUCUUCCAAGCAGUAUCCAUUAUAGAAACACUCUCCACUACAUACCUUCGGCUGUCAAUGGGGUGAUCCGGGCCAGUCGCUUCUCCCAUCCCAUAGACUGUUUCUACCCAAGGUCCUGGAACGUCUCGUCACUUGCGCUUCAACCCACAUGGGUUCCUUUCAGUUCCACUGUGAUGGACAGGCAGCGCCUGAACUUUGCCCUCGAAGUCUAUGACAGUACCUGGUCACUACCAAUGUCGGAUCCCACUUACUAUCUUGGGGACCUAAUCAACAUCCAAGCAUCAGUAGGAAAGGGCAGCCAUGUGCCUCUGAAGAUCUACGUGGAUGAGUGUGUCGCUCGGCCAAGCGCAGAGUCCUCUGUGAAAUAUGAGAUCAUCACUAAUCAUGGGUGCCUCGUAGAUGGACAGCACAGUGACUCCCGUUUCCUUGUUGCCACACAAGAAGAUGGAAUCCUCCGCUUCCAGCUGGACACGUUCACUUUCAUUGGGGCUUCCAACAACCAGAUCUACCUCAUUUGUCACUUGAAGGCAGUGUCAGUUGGCUCAGUGGACCGUCUCAACAAGGCCUGCUCUUACAACCGGGCGACUGCAACCUGGAACUCCCAUGAAGGGGCAGAUUGCUCCUGUUGUGCCUCUCCUAGUGGCUGUGGAAGCAGGAGGAGAAGGAGGGCCCAGCAGCAGAAGCAGCAGAAAGGGCUGUUUGGAGAGGCAGAUCUGAAGUUUGGUCCCAUCCAACUGAAUGCAGAGCCGGAAAAUUCCUCCAUCCUGAAUGGAGCCAGCACCUUUGAGCUGCUGUCUGUUGUGACCAGUUCUGCCACAGCCAAGACACCCCGUGCUGCCGGGUUACCUCCUAACCAGGUGGUGAAUAUAAUCAUGCGGGGGGGAGUGAAAGAAGAUUCCUCCGGGCUACAUCUCCCCUUCUCCACAGCCACCCUGGUCAUAAUAGUCGCCUGUUCCUUCAUUGUCUUUGUGUCAAUCCUGGGCUGUUACUGCUCCACCAGGCGUGCACACAGAGGCUACCGCAUGGAGACUGUCCAUGCAGCUUUGGGGGAGGCCAGAGCUGUUGCCCUGGCGCCCGCAGCAGUAGGCUCAUCUGGGCCUGCAACCUCUAGGGAAUCCAGUGCUACCACCAAGAAGCCUGAUGGGGUAGUAGCUGCAGCUGGUGGGCAACCUACUUCUGUCUGA